AUGUCGAACGAGUUGCCGUUACCUUCGCCCGCCCAGAAUGUGGUGCUCGAUACAUCUAAGCUGACUGAGCAAUCAUCGGCAUCUGUUUGGGAUCGCAUCACUGGCUGGGUCUCUGAAAAUAAGGCUGUCGUUUAUACCAUUGCUGGUGUCGCCGUCGUCGUGACCGGCGCGGGUGUCGUCUACUACCUCAAUGACAACAGCAAGGCCACUCCUUCUGUGCCCAAGAAGAGCAAGAAGCAGCGCCGAACAGAGAAGAAGAAGGCCGAAGAUGCUAAGAAGGCCGAGUCAGUAAAGGAGGAAACCCCCAAAAAGGCCGAGGAGGCCGCCGAGGAGCUUCCUGAGGUUGAUGAGGCGACCGUUGGAGGAUUGUCCGAAGAGACCCGCAACGCCUAUGCCGCCAAGCUCAAGGCUGCCGGUAACAAGGCCUACGGAGCCAAGGACUACCCUAACGCCAUUGAGCUGUACGGCAAGGCUAUCAUUUGCAAGCCCGACCCCGUUUUCUACUCCAACCGCGCCGCCUGCUACAACGUCCAGUCCAACUGGGAGAAGGUCGUUGAGGACACCAGUGCCGCCCUCGCCAUGGACAGUGAAUACGUCAAGGCCCUCAACCGGAGAGCCAUUGCAUACGAGCACCUCGAGAAGUACAGUGAAGCUCUUCUCGACUUCACCGCCAGCUGUAUCAUCGAUGCCUUCUCCAACGAUGUCAGCCGCAACUCCCUGGAACGCCUGCUGAAGAAGGUUGCCGAGAAGAAGAGCCAGGCCAUCCUGGAGGCACGCACCAAGAAGCUGCCCAGCGCCACUUUUGUGUCCAACUACCUCCAGAGCUUCCGUCCCCAGGUCCUGCCUGAAGGCUUGGAAGAAUCCGUCGAGUUGGCCGACGAGUCCGGCAAGGGCCAGCUCCGCAAGGGUCUCAUUGCCAUGGGCAAGAAGACCGCCGAUGGUUACGAGGAGGCUGCCGCCGCAUUCGAGAAGGCCCUCGAGAUCGGCGACCUCGGUGAAUUCGAAGGCUUGGCCCUGAACAUGCGCGCUACCUUUACUUACCUUGGCGGCAACGCUACCGGUGCUCUUACUGACCUUAACAAGAGUGUUGAGCUUUCACCUUCUCUGGUACAGAGCUACAUCAAGCGCGCCAGCUUGCACCUGGAGCUCGGUAACAAGGAUGCUGCCGCUGACGAUUUCGAGCUUGCUAUCACUCACAACAAGGAUGAUCCUGAUAUCUACUACCACCGCGCCCAGCUUCACUUCAUCUUGACUGAGCUCGCCGAGGCCGCCAAGGACUACCAGAAGUCGAUUGAUCUCGACCGCAAUUUCAUCUACUCCCACAUUCAGCUUGGUGUGACACAGUACAAGAUGGGCUCCGUUGCCUCAGCAAUGGCCACUUUCCGCCGGACGGUUAAGAACUUCGAGGAUGUCCCUGACGUAUACAAUUACUACGGUGAGCUCCUGCUCGAUCAGCAAAACUACUCCGAGGCAAUCGAGAAGUUCGACAAGGCUGUUGAGAUGGAGAAGCAGAGCAAGCCCAUGGGCAUCAACGUUCUGCCCCUGAUCAACAAGGCUCUCGCCCUGUUCCAGUGGAAGCACGACUUCCAGGAGGCCGAGGACCUCUGCCAGAAGGCUCUAAUUAUUGACCCCGAGUGCGACAUUGCUGUCGGCACCAUGGCCCAGCUCCUUCUCCAGCAGGGCAAGGUCUCCGAGGCUCUGAAGUACUUCGAGCGUGCUGCCGAGCUGGCUCGCACGGAGGCUGAGAUCGUCAACGCUAUCUCGUACGCCGAGGCUACCCGUACUCAGUUGGAGGUCCAGGAAAAGUACCCUCAGUUGGCUGCUCGUCUUAACACCAUGGGUGCCAUGGGCGGUGGUGGUGCCCCUCCCAUGUAA